AUGUCAUAUCCUGCAGAGGCUUUGCAGAUCGGCAACCAGAACCAUGUGGAGGAUAUGCGCUCCUUUCUGGACUCACGGCACGCUGACCACUACACUGUCUUCAACCUGUCACAGCGCAACUACCGCGGCGUAAAGUUCUCCAACCGGGUCUCAGAGUUAACUGGGCCAUCCCGCCAGGCUCCCAGCCUGCACAACCUGUUUGCGGUGUGUAAGAACAUGCACAACUGGCUCAAACAGAACCCCAAGAAUGUGUGUGUCAUCACCUGCUCGCCUGGGUAUAUAGGCUAUGUGUGCAGUAUGGUAUCAGAAAAGCCCCUGCCACACUCCAAGCCCCUGGUGGUCAAGGCAGUCACCAUGAGUCCAGUACCUUGUUUCAACAAACAACGCAUCGGCUGCAGACCCUUCUGUGAGCCUCAUAGGGAGACCAAGAUCUUCUCUACUGCACAGGACUAUGAGAGGAUGAGAGAGCACAGGGUCCAGGAGGGGAAGGUCGUCUUCCCUCUAGGUGUGAAUGUCCAGGGUGAUGUGGUCAUUUCUGUCUAUCAUAUGAGGAACACAAUCGGAGGACGACUGCAGGCCAAGGUGUCCAACACCCAGAUAUUCCAGAUCCAGUUCCACACAGGCUUCAUUGCUCCAGGGACCACCGUGUUAAAGUUUACAAAGCCGGAGCUGGACGCGUGUGACUCUCCAGAGAAGUACCCUCAGUUGUUCCAUGUGUUGGUGGACAUCGAGGUGGAGAGCACUGACAAGCAGAAGGACCUGACCCCUCCCUGGGAACAGUUCCCUAAUAAAGACCUCAUCCCCAACGUACUGUUCUCCUGUCACCAGGAACACCAGGACGCACUGGCCAUAGCAGAGCCAAGCCGGUCCCAAGGCGGUCUGGACGGUCGUCCUCACGGGGAGGACAGCGAGCCGUCUGAUGACGAGAUGCUGUCCCUUUCCAGCCAGCAAAGCCACGCUAGCGUAGAGAGACCUGGAGGGGCUCAGGCUGGCACCAGGGGCCCCAAGAGACCCGAGCAGCCCCACGCCCCCCCCGCUGCUCCUCCUCCUCCCCCAGAAGAGGUGGACCUCCUGGGCCUGGAUGGGGUGGCAGUGAACCCCCCCUGCCCCUCGCCCCAGCCCCCGACCACCAACACCACCACGGACCUCCUGGGGGAUCUGUUUGGGGCCUCCCCCCAGACAGGGAGUGGGCCCACUUCGGCCCAGUCCACCCCACAGAAAAUAGCUCCUCCCUCCACCCUCCCCUGCCCCUAUCCAGCGUUGGACCCGUUUGGGACGGGUCCAAUGCCCAAGCCCCAGGAGCUGAUGGGGUCCUUCCUGGGUCCAGCAGGCCGCAGCUCCCCAGUCCCGCCCACCACCCCUGUAGUCAGUAUUCAGCAGCCUCCCAACGCCAUGGGAGGAUGGGACUGGAACAAACCUGCAGCUCCAGGUGGUUUCAGUAUGGGCUGCAAGUCAGCCAGUACCAGUCCUACUGGGUCGGUCAACAACACUCCCACACACCAGGCCAAACCCAACACUCUGGACCCCUUUGCUGACAUCGGAAACCUGGGGGGAAGUCUGGGAGGAGGAUCUGGGUUCUCCAGUAAGCCCACCACCCCUACAGGCACCACCCCUGCUGUCCCCCCCAUGGGCUCCCCCUCACGGCCUCCUCCCUCGCCCCAGCACGGUGGGGGCUGGCAGGCCAACACAGGCCUCCCCUCCUGGAAGCCCGGAGGUGGUGGUGUUGGAGGGCAGCCAGGGUGGCAGCCCCAACCCCAGGGUCAGAGUGGUCCAUCCCCCCAGGCCAAGCCCAGUACCAGCCACUCCAUGCCCCACACCUCCCCCUCCAACAGACCCAACUACAACAUCAGCUUCUCUGCCAUGGGAGGAGGAGCUGCUCCCAAUGCAGCCGGGAAACAACAGCCCAACAUGGGUACCAAGCCCAAAGUUGCAAUGGCUAACUUUGAUGACCUGCUGUCUGGCCAAGGCUUUGCUGGAGCCAAAAAGAAGGAAGGUCCCAGGACAAUAGCAGAGAUGAGAAAGGAGGAGAUGGCUAAAGAGAUGGACCCCGAGAAACUCAAGAUUCUGGACUGGAUCGAGGGGAAGGAGCGUAACAUCCGGGCCCUGCUGUCCACCAUGCACACGGUGCUGUGGGAGGGGGAGACCCGCUGGAAGCCUGUAGGCAUGGCUGACCUGGUGACCCCAGAGCAGGUCAAGAAGGUCUACCGUAAAGCUGUGCUGGUGGUCCAUCCAGACAAGGCCACUGGACAGCCCUAUGAACAAUAUGCCAAGAUGAUUUUUAUGGAACUGAAUGAUGCCUGGUCAGAAUUUGACAGCCAAGGACAAAAAGCACUCUACUGAGCUGAGAGAGAGAGAGAGAGGGAGAGAGAGAGAGAAAGAAAGAGUUCCUGCCGACCCCCUGUGAUCAAUAAUCAAGCCCCCACCGGAUCUGACUCCCCCCCCUCCUUCUCUUCUUGUCACUGUCCUGUGGACUCUACUCCAUAGAGACUUCAAUAGCCAGACUAACAGAAAGAUACCUGCCUACCCACCUACCUAUGUAUCUGGUGGCAGCACUGUCCAACUGUCCAACAAGAACUGUUCAACCCUGUCCUACAUGUCCGAGUCCUGAACCAAGCAAAGAGUCCUGAACCAAGCAAAGAGUCCUGAACCAAGCAAAGAGUCCUGAACCAAUUAAUGCAGAGUCAUCCAGCUGUCUAUGGAGACAUCACCAGAGUGAUACUGUCCACCUAACACCGGACAUGGGUGAUAAUGACAUACCUGUGGUCACAGUGUUGUUAGCCAGGUGCUAUAUAGUGCAAGACGAUGCCAAUGUUUGACACACAGUAGCAUUAACACAGUGUUCCUGUCAGUCACCUGUCAAGACGAUGACAAUGUUUUACACACAGUAGCAUUAACACAGUGUUCCUGUCAGUCACCUGUCAAGACGAUGACAAUGUUUUACACACAGUAGCAUUAACACAAUGUUCCUGUCACAGUCACCUGUGUGACUUUGAAGUGAAGAUCUGGAGCCAGUGUUGGGAGUGGAUGGCCUAUUCAAUUAGGCACUGUACCACUGACUGUAAGGUCUAUACACCACAGUGAUCUCAGAAAUACCAUGUCUAAGAAUUCAAUAUAGAGCAAUCUCACAGAGUUUCCACCUGAGUUGUCUAUCUUCAUGGAAAAGCUACUGUUAUCUAUGUUAUUUGAAUUACCAAUUUUGAUCAAUGUGCUUCCACAGAACUCCACAGGAGCCUUCUAGGAGACAACAAGACAAUUGCAAGCCAAGGGUAUCAUGUUUACGUUCUGACAACAACCUAGAGACUCAACUUGACAUACAGUUAGUAGGUGAAGGUAGGCAGGAUAUUCGUUGUUGCACCACCACCUUUACUACCUACGGUGGUUGGUUUGUGUGUUUUCUUGCCCUCAGUCUCAGAAAGGUGCAAAAUGUCUUUAGCUAUAACACAGAGAGUAAACUCAGCUGCAGUCUAUUGCCAGUCUUAAAGCUGGAAUCCACAUUAGGUGAAACACCGCCACCGGUCGCCCCAGGCGCAUUUGUUAUUGUUUUUGUUUUGUUUAUGAAAAGAGGAGAGGAGUCUAGAGAGCGAGAUAUCCAGCAUCUAGCAUCUUGGUUUUUAAAAACUCUGCUGUUCUAUCGAGUGUGCAAUCAUGUCCGAGGGGGAAAAAAGCAGUGUUGGUUAUUUGAAGUAACGUCUUUGUAAUAUUGCAAACGGAUGUGGCAGUUUGACCGCUACGGAUUCCAGCUUUAAACAUACAGUACUCACUCUCAUCUUUACAGUCACUGGCUAGUGGGCGGCAGGUAGCCUUGCGGCUAAGCACGUUGUGCUAGUAACCGGAAGGUUGCUGGUUCGAAUCCCCGAGCUGACUAGGUAAAACAUCRGUUGAUGUGCUCUUGAGCAAGGCACUUAAACUUAAACCUGUAAAUGUAGUGUCUACAGUCUGAAGGAACCAGUGUGUAAAGGAUAUUAUCCAUAUCAGAGAAAGUAACCCAUAUCACACUGCUGUACUUAUCUAAGAACUUAACUGCUGAAGUUUCAUCAUCGUUACGUGCAGUUUUAAUUCAUAUUGUGUUCAUUUAUUGACUCCUUUCAGAUGCUUCAGUCCCUCCCAAUGAAGAAUCUUUCAUUUUAUUGUGGGUAAUGUUUAGUAACAUGCAGGUGGUGUAUUGUCCUAUUCAUCCUUUGCUGUAUCCUCUAAAGCAUGUACUUUUAWAUCAUGACAAAUAUUUGAAGUGAAAUUCUGAUUGAUCAAAGGCAACUUGUCAUUGAUGAGGGCUUUUAUAUUUACAUUAGUUUGAAGCAUAUCUUUUUUGCAUGCACUGACUGGGCGAACUAGUGGAAGGACUACAAGACUGACUAUAUCUUGCUACACAUGGAGGCACAUCAUUCCAUAAUACAUUACUAUACUUGAGUGUAUUGGACCACUAUCAAGCUUGUGAGAUCCUAAUGUAGGCCCACUCUAACCCCUAUCUGUGUAAAACAAUACAUUUGGUAGACUGGCACAUCUAUUUCAUCUGAUACAACCAUUUCCCUGUUUUAUCCCCUGCAUACUGAUGUUGUCAACCAGAGGAGUCGGGUGGGAUACGCUAUAGGAGGACCAGCCUACUCUGUUGUCAACCCUUUCCUCUGUGAAAAGGCCACACCUGAAUUGUGGACUAACGUGAGCACUGACUGACCACUGACCAGUAUAGAACUAAAGAGACUGUCUGUCCACUGUAGGCUCUGCUUCCUCUGGUGACUAUACCAAUGGCAGAAGCUGUGGCUGUGUAGUAUGUAUGUACUGUGUGUGUGUGUGUGUGUGUGUGUGUGUGUGUGUGUGUGUGUGUGUGUG